AGAAGAGUUAGACUUUUAAUCUAAACUGACCCUGAACUCAGCCUGCAGAGACACUAAAAUGAGGCUGUGCCUGCUGAGCUUGGUGGUGGGGAUCACCAUGGGGGUGACUGGGAUCCCCCUGGGAAAAGUCUUUACAAGGAGACAACAAACAGAGGUGGAAAAGGAGGGACAGGACUCCCUGGAGCCAAAUAACGAGUUGACUUCAUUAUAUCAACCAGAAUCUGUAUCAUGGAACUUAACUGAAACUUUUGAGGACACUGAGGAGGACAAGCCCAAGAAAGCAAAAAGACAACUCCCUAUCCUUGGUUCUUAUUCAGGAAUGACUUCAAGAGCAGCUAACGAUAAUGAGACCUUUAUCUUUAUACGUAUUUGUGGAGGUACCUGCAAUGAAUCUAAGACACUCCAUGAGAAUAGCCCUGAGAAAGAAAAAGAAGAAAAAAGACAAAGAGAGCCUCAUUCCUACAGAGAACCAGUGAGAGACCUGAACCUUCCAGGGACUAUCCUACAGCUGCUUAACCAGACAAAGGCUACAAACAGGAGUGCCAGUGUGGAUUUCAUCCUUCAGAAUCAAAAUGGCAGUAUCACCAGAGAUCUCUGUGAGGGCUGCUGUGAGGAGAAAGAGAAAGAUCUAGGAAGGAAGUCAAAUGAGACAUCGAAGUAUCCCAAGAAGAAAAGAGUUGACCAGUGGUCAGUCCUUGGGAGAGUGGCUCCUCCACCUGGAAAAAAUUCCAAUAAUAUGGUGGCGAUGAAGUUGCAUAAUGACACUGACAUUGACAAUCUAGCCAAGAAGGCCCCACAACAGGCUAAUGACCUUAGAGGAAGGCGAUGCUCUGCCUGUUGUGCUGAUGAUAGAAACCUUGCGGUCCUUGUGAGAAGAGACUGAGAAGAAGCCAAUGAAGUGUUUUCUGCAUGGACCUAGCACAAUGCCCAGCAGAGACCAGUCACCAUAUACAAUGGAGCUAAGAUACUACAGCUGGAUUGGAAAAAGGAAGUAUGCCUUGAUUUCGUCCUCCUCACUUCCAUGUUGUUGCUAAGUCCUGUUUCUUCAUAUCAUGCUUGAGUCCUCCUUCGGUUCACAAUAAAGUCUCUCUUUUCCUGAUUACCUCACAA